AUGACCCAAAAUCCAUCUGGUGUAAAAUGUGACAUAGUUAAUGAGUGUCAAAUGUUCCUAAAAGCUGAAGAUGGAGGAGGAGAUGCUAAAUUGAAUGUUUCCAACAGUGUGUCUUCAAUAAAUGAAGGAGAGCAAGAUAUUGGGAUGUCUACCAAUAGUCAAACUAAUAAAGAAUCUCCUGAGAAGGAAAAGGAAGACUCUAAGGAAAGCAAUGCUGAUGGAAAUGAGGAAAUGCCUAGCACUGUAACAGUGUUGGAUACUCCUGAUGGAGGCAAAGUAUAUUUAGUGGGGACAGCACAUUUUAGUAUUAAAUCUCAGGAAGAUGUUUCUAGGGUUAUACAAGAAGUUAAUCCUCAUAUUGUUAUGGUGGAGUUGUGUGAACAGAGAACAAAUAUCCUACUUUUAGAUGAAGAGAUUAUUUUAAGAGAGGCCAAGAAUAUAAAUUUCAAAAAGAUAAGGGCAACCAUGGCUCAGAAUGGAGUAUUCAACGGUUUAAUGUAUAUAUUACUAUUAAAUAUGUCGGCACACAUUACUCGUGAGUUAGGUAUGGCUCCUGGAGGAGAGUUUCGCCGAGCUAUGGCAGAGGCUAAAAAGAUUCCUAAUUGUAUCGUGCAACUUGGUGACAGAGCAAUCGACAUUACAUUACAUAGAGCUAUAGCAUCUCUAUCUUGGGGACAGACAAUACGUUUUAUAUGGCACCUACUUACUUCUAACAAGAGUAUUAGUGUAGAAGAAGUUGAGAAAUGCAAAAUGAAAAAAAUGUUGGACGAUAUGCUGGAAGAAAUGGCGGAAGAAUUUCCAGCUCUUAAGCGCGUUUUUGUUGUAGAGCGUGACAUGUAUCUCUGUCAUUCACUUCAAAUCGCUGCCUUACAGCCUCGUAAUGAACCAUGUCGAAUAGUUGGUGUUGUGGGCAUUGGCCAUGUGGCCGGCAUCGUGGAACAUUGGGGCAAGGUCACACCGCAGGAUAUAACUCCCUUACUUGUUAUCCCCCCUCCAUCGCUAUCCACGCGCAUUAUCCGCGUGUCGGUGCGAGUGGCGUGCGCAGGCGCAGUCGUGUACGCGGCUUAUAAGUUCUUCCCGCGUCGUUGGCUGCCCUGA